AUACUUUUAUCUUCAUCAAGUAUCUGAUGUUACUUCCCUUCACGUCUAAGCAUAAUGAAACAAUAUCUUGCAAUGUUUCACCAUCUCCGGGCAGCUCACCAAUAUUCUGUUGGAUCUCGAAACCUCCGAAAUAUAACCUUAUAUGCUUCACCUGAGACUUAAAAGCUCAACCUCUUUUCACCAGUUUUUAAACCUCAACGACAUCAGAAAGGGGAAAUGGUAAAAAUCAGUUCUUGAGUUUCUCCUACUCUUUCAGACAAUUCAGACAAAAAUGAGGCCUAAAACCAGUCAAGCCCUCAACCUCAAAGUCCUCCUACUAGGUGCUUUCCUUGCUUUUCUUCUUCUGUUCGUGUUAAGAUCAAGCUUAUCAUCAUCUUCCCAGGAAAAUACAGCGCCAGCUAAAACCUCUAAUGCCAUUAAAGAAAGCAUAUCAGCAGACUGCUCGCCAACUUGCGACAAGAUACCGCGUUCUCUUGCCCAAGCUCUCAUCCAUUACGCAACUUCAACUAUCACCCCACAGCAAACACUAAAAGAAAUCUCAGUCACAACUAAAAUUCUAGAGAAAAGGUCACCAUGCAACUUCCUAGUAUUUGGCCUAGGCCAUGAUAGCCUUAUGUGGAGUUUACUCAACUACGGUGGACGAACAGUUUUCCUUGAAGAAGAUGAAGCCUGGAUAGAGCAAAUCCGACGCAGGUUUCCCAUGCUAGAAUCUCACCAUGUCACGUACGAUAGCAAGGUGAACCAAGCUGAGAAUCUCAUGGAAGUGGGCAAAGGACCUGAAUGCACAGCAGUUGGUGACCCUAAAUACUCAAUGUGUCAACUUGCAUUGAAAGGUUUGCCAAGUGAAGUUUAUGAGAUGAAAUGGGACUUAAUCAUGGUUGAUGCACCAACCGGGUACUACGAGGAGGCUCCAGGGAGGAUGACUGCUAUAUACACAGCUGGUAUGAUGGCAAGGAAUAGAGAGGAGGGAGAAACUGAUGUGUUUGUGCAUGAUGUAAACAGGGUUGUUGAAGAUAAAUUCUCCAUGGCAUUUUUAUGUCAAGGGUACAUGAAAAAACAAGAGGGAAGACUUAGACACUUCAGAAUCCCUAGCCAUAAGGAUAACUUGGAAAGGCCCUUUUGCCCGGAGUGAUUUUACAACCUUGCUUAGCUUUUUUUGCCUUCAUCAAUUCUUUAUUGUUGAUGCUGUUUCAUGGGGAAAUUAUCCUUUUCUGUUUCAAUGAUCUCUUCCAAAAGGAAAGAUGGAUACGGUUGAGUUGUUAUCACACCAACCAAAUUGCGUAGCACUAUAAUUAUUGCACUGCAAAUCGUUUUUCAGGUGCAGAAACCUCACAUUUCUUUGAUCAGCUGAUAUAUAUAUAAAACUGCAGAAAGUAUAAUAAAGAUGAGUUCCAAAUUUUUAUAGUUAAUUUCUCAGGUUGACCGAUCGAGUCAUUGAUUGUUUUUGGAGGGUUUUGGUUAUAUUUUCUUUAAACAUUUUAAUCUUUCUCUU